AUCAGUUUUAAUGCCCCGCUGGGUGAUUUGAAUCAAGCAGAUCUUGCGCCCAAUGAAAAAAAGGGUUCACACACCCACACCCACACACACACCAAAGCAGAAAAAAAAAAAAAAGAGAUGAGGGUCACUCUCUGGACCUUUAAUUUUUGACGUUUGAGUUUCAAUUUCAUUACUGGCCCUGCUGCUUCUCGCAAAUCCCUCUUCAGGCUCCCCUCCCCCCCCUAGUUUUCUUUCAAACUUAAAUGAUCUCUCUUGUAAAUACACAAAAGUCCAAGGUGUCACUGACAACCUUGGAGUCCUGCAUUCGAUUAUUCUCAGCUACUUCCAUUGCAUGUUCUAAACGUACAGCACUGAAAAAACCCAACGUCAAUUCUUUAACCAAACAUUUACGACCUGACGGACUUAACGGUCGAGAACGUCGUGAUCUACUCAAGGCAGCUCUCAAAUCCAACAAACCUCGUAGUGCAUCCAAUGCACCUUAUGUACCUGUCAAGAGACGUUUAGAGACCAUUCCUUCAAACCACCCUUCUGCCAUUGUCACCAACAGUCGAAAUACACCCGAUCUAGUAACGGAAGAUCAACCUAGUAAUGCUAAACAAUUAGCUGCCUUUUUAGCUACACAAACCUUUGAGGAUCUCAACCUAUCGUCCGAUACACUCCUUGCUGCUAAACUUGUGUUGAAUGCCAACAAUAAUGUACAAGAUCCUAAACCCACCGAGAUUCAAGCGUUAGCCAUUCCGCAGUUAAUGGAUCGUCGUAAACGUCAUGUGCUUGUGGCCGCUGAGACUGGUUCCGGUAAGACACUUGCCUAUUUAUUACCUACCAUUGAUAUGUUGAAGGCGGAUGAGAAGCGAAAGGGAAACCCCAAAAGAAGAUUAGAUCACCCUCGUGCGAUUGUGUUGGUGCCCACACGAGAAUUAGUCAGUCAGGUAGUCAAGAGUUGUAAAGGACUCAGUCAUGUCACCAAAUUCCGUGCAGUAGGAUUAGGAGGACGUACACCUAGAAGUCAAGUCUCUGAAAUAUUAGCCAAUGGACCGAUUGAUAUUUUAGUGACGACACCUACCACCUUGGUCUCAUAUCAAAAGGAUGGUACUAUUUCAUUAGCAGAUACCCGUUAUUUAAUUAUCGAUGAAGCGGAUUCGUUGUUUGAUGCUGGAUGGGGAGAGGACUGUAGAAAUAUUAUUCAACGUAUUCAGGAUAUCUCUGAAAAGACAAAGGUACCCGAGAAAGUCAUGAUUGUGUCGGCUACUUUACCCAGAUCAGUCCAUAAUGCUUUGGAUCAGCUGUUUCCCAAAAUGACAAAAAUCACUACACCUUCUUUACACAAGGCUUUACCCAACCUGAAACAAUCCUUUGUUGAUCUUCAACGUUUCCAAGGUAACCGACAAUUGGCUUUACUGGAAGUUUUGAAGAAGAAUAUCAAGGAUGAUAAAACACUUGUGUUCUGUAACACCAAGAAAGCAGUAGAGAUCUUGCACAAAUUUUUACAGACCAAGAAUUUAGAGGCUUUAGCGCUGUACAAGGAUGCACCUAUGGACCGAACUGAGGCUUUAGAAUUGUUCUCUCAACCUAAAGUAGUGGAUGGUGAGGAAGGUAUUGUGGAUCAUAAUGUGUUGAUUAGUACAGAUAUUGCUUCUCGUGGUAUUGAUACGACUUUUGUGGAUCAUGUGGUAUUAUAUGAUUUCCCUACAUCUGUUGUUGAUUACUUGCAUCGUGUGGGACGUACUGCUCGUGCUGGCCAAACCGGAAAAGCUACUUCUCUCAUUGGCCGUAAAGACCGUAUGAUGUCCGAUCGUAUUCGUCGAUCGAUCCGCGACGGUACUGUCAUGACUUAAGAUUUAUGUAUCUUAUUGUAUUAUAAUAAAUCUAG